AUGCUUAACUUUCUGCUUUUAUUGAGAGACGCGCACCUGUGCAAGCACAUGGGGGAGAGACCAUUUGUUUGUGACCAUGAGGGCUGUGGCAAGGCCUUCAUCAGGGACUACCAUCUGAGUCGUCACGCACUGAUUCAUACUGGAGAAAAGCCAUUUGUCUGCACAGCUAGUGACUGUGAUCAGAAAUUCAACACAAAAUCGAACUUGAAGAAACAUUUUGAACGCAAACAUGAAAAUCAGCAAAAGCAGUAUGUAUGCGGCUUUGAGGGCUGUCAGAAGGCCUUCAGGAAACACCAGCAGCUGAAGACGCAUCAGAGCCAGCACACCAACGAGCCACCCUUCAAGUGUGCCCAGGAGGGAUGUGGGAAACACUUCGCCUCCCCCAGCAGGCUGAAGCGGCAUGCCAAGGUCCACGAGGGUUACACAUGUCAAAAGGGAUGUUCCUUUGUGGCCAAAACAUGGACAGAGCUCCUGAAACACACAAGAGAAGCCCAUAAAGAGGUAACAACCUGUGAAGUAUGCCAGAGAACGUUUAAGCGCAAAGAUUACCUUAAGCAACACAUGAAGAUUCACGCCCCAGCGAGGGACGUAUGUCGCUGUCCGCGGGAAGGCUGUGGGCGGACCUACACCACUGUGUUUAAUCUGCAGAGCCACAUCCUCUCCUUCCAUGAAGAAAUGUGCCCAUUUGUGUGUGAGCACGCGGGCUGUGGCAAAACGUUCGCCAUGAAACAAAGUCUCACACGGCAUGCUGUUGUGCACGACCCUGACAAGAUAAAGCUCAAAGUAAAACGAUCUCAUGAGAAACGGAGCCUCGCCUCCCAUCUCAGUGGCUAUAUCCCCCCUAAAAGGAAACAAGAGCGAGAGUUGCCUAAAAACGAAGAGUCACUGGACUGUGUUGAAGACAGGGUGCUCUCAACAGUUGCUGUGCUUACCCUCACCUGAAUGGCACCCUGCGUUGUUUAAAGGACCAUGGACUAGUGAGCUUAUUUUCACACCAAGCAUAUUUUCUUUAUUAGUCACUGAUGUGGAUCAUUUGAUUCCCUGUCACUUCUACUUUCUUUGUGCAAAGUGUCUCUUUUCUGGGUCCCUUGAGAUUCUUUAUAUGUAUUCUCUUCCUUUUUGCUCAAAUGACGAAGAACACACAUUACAGCUUUUCCUCCUUUAACAGCUUGUGGCUUGGAUUUGAAGGUGGCUAUUCCAGGCAUUGUCUGGAGUAUUUGAUUAAAUAGCUCCUCCUAAAAAGGGAAAACAGCCAAAGAUGAAUUUAAAGUCACUGUCCUAGGAGUGGGCAUUUAGCCUGGCAAUUAAGGCGCUUGUAUUCCAUAUCACAGUGCCAAGGUGUGGAUCCCAGCCCUGCCCCCAAUUCCAGCUCCCUACUAAU